AGCUCAAUUAACGCGAUGGGAUUUUCCUAAGAGGGUGUGGCUAAAAUGUGGGUGGGGCUCAAUUUAAUUUUCAAGAUGCCUCUGACUGAUCUAUGGAAGGGAAAAUCACCAGAAGAGAUCGUGAGACAGAACCAGAGAGCUCUGAGGAAGACCAUGAGGGAGAUUGACAGAGAAAGAGCUAAUCUUGAGAAACAGGAAAGAAAGGUGAUUGCUGACAUUAAGAAAACAGCAAAGACUGGACAAAUGGCUGCCGUUAAAAUAAUGGCCAAGGAUUUGGUUCGUACAAGAAAUCACAUUAAGAAGUUUCACUUGAUGAGAGCUAACAUUCAAGGAAUAACUUUAAAAUUAACGACGAUGAAGUCACAAAUGGCAAUGGCACAAUCAAUGAAAGGCGUCUCAAGAGCUAUGAACAGAAUGAAUGCUCAAAUGAAGCUGCCACAAAUUCAAAAAAUAAUGAUGGACUUUGAAAGAGAAUCUGAAAUCAUGGACAUGAAGGAGGAAAUGAUAUCCGAUACCAUGGAGGACGUGAUGGGAGAAGAUGAAGAAGAAGAGAGUGAGGCAGUUGUGCAGCAGGUAUUUGAUGAGCUAGGACUGCAAUGGGUAGAUGAAUUAUCAAAGGCAGUUCCAUCCAGUGGUCCACUACGAACAGAUACUACAAUGGACUUUGAGGAAAGGUUGGAGAAAUUGAAGUCAUCGGAUGCCGACUAGGCACAAAGCAACAAUUAAAACAGUCAUGUUUGUAGUAUGUACUUGUAUCUUAAUUUUUAAAACUUUUUAUAAUAAUAACUAUUAACAUUAAAAGAUGGUGUUGGUACAUGUCUGUCACAACAAUGCACUAUUUACUUUAUAAUGAUCUCAAUGUCUCAUUGCAACUUUAUUUUCCAUGCAUCAUUAUAUCUGUGCACCAUCUUGUA